UCUUUCUCUUUUUAAAAAUCUUGUGGCUUCCCGUUUUCUUAAUUGUACAUCCUCUCCUCACCCUUGAUUCAACCUUCUUUGUAUCGUAUCCCAUGCGUUGAGCUAUUGCCAGGGAUUUACUUACCAGGACAUACUUCUAUCCCUUGGCCUGGCCAAACCCUUGAACAGUGCAGUUCAUUGGUCUUCUCACAUUACCUGCUAAUCACCAUGGCUGCAUCCUGGUGCGCCCUUCGUGGCACUCGCCAGCUUGCUCUUCGCACCCGACUGCGCUCUGCCCCUUCUCCCAUUGCACUCCGCAGAGUUUCUCCGUCCUCCCCCUUCCUCGUCUCCCAUCGGGCGUCGCACACAGCUACACAGCAGUCGUCACGGCGACCGGUCUACACCAGCUCCUUAGCUGACCAUGGCGACCCCCACCCCCGCGAUCUCUUUCAGCCCCUCGAUACCUUCCCCAGACGUCAUAUCGGUCCCUCGCCAGACGCCGCAAAGGAAAUGCUGGCCACUCUUGACCCCCCGGUGGCGUCGCUCGACGAAUUCGUGAAACAGGUGCUCCCCGCAGACAUUCUGUCCAAGAAAGAUUUGACAGUUACCGACCCUCAUGCCAAAACAAACUUGUACCGGGACAAUGUGGGCGGUGGUCUCGGGGAAACGGAUAUGCUUAAGCUCUUGGAUGUCUACCGGAAGCAGAUAGAUGUGUCGGGUAAAACAUACAUUGGAACUGGCUAUUAUGGUACCAUUGUGCCGCCUGUGAUUCUCCGCAAUAUCUUGGAGAACCCUGCGUGGUAUACCAGCUACACCCCUUACCAGCCGGAGAUCAGCCAGGGUCGUCUGGAGUCGCUUCUGAACUUCCAAACGUUGACUGCUGACUUGACGGGCUUGCCGUUCGCGAAUGCCUCCGUCCUCGAUGAAGCCACCGCUGCCGCCGAGGCGAUGACCAUGUCCUUGGCCACCCUGCCCGCAUCGAAACAGAAGAAGGCCGGAAAGGCGUAUGUUGUUUCUCAUCUUUGCCACCCUCAGACUCUCGCUGUGAUGCGUUCGCGUGCCGAAGGUUUCGGUAUCAAUCUAGUUGUUGGCGACAUCUUGGCGGAUGACUUCAAGUUGGUGAAGGAACAAGGCGACAAUCUCAUCGGUGUGCUUGCCCAGUAUCCCGACACCGAGGGCGGCAUCUAUGACUUCCAGGCUUUGAGUGACACUAUUCACGGCGCUGGUGGCACCUUCAGCGUCGCCACUGAUUUGCUGGCGUUGACUCUCUUGAAAGCGCCCGGUGAGUUCGGGGCUGAUAUUGCAUUCGGUAAUGCCCAGAGAUUGGGCGUUCCUAUGGGAUAUGGCGGACCACAUGCAGCCUUCUUUGCUUGUGCGGACAAGUACAAGCGUAAGGUCCCUGGUCGUGUUGUGGGUGUUUCCAAAGAUCGUCUCGGCAACCGUGCUUUGAGAUUAGCUCUGCAGACCCGUGAACAGCACAUCCGCCGUGAGAAAGCCACCAGCAACAUCUGCACGGCUCAGGCCCUUCUCGCGAAUAUGAGCGCUAUGUACGCUGUUUACCACGGUCCGACCGGCCUGAAGUCCAUUGCUCAACGCAUCAUGUCCAUGACCUCCACUUUGCAGGCGAAGCUUGCUGCAUUGGGCUACAAUGUCCCAAUCAAGACCAACAUUGCCGAUGGCGGUGUUGUGUUCGAUACCGUCACCGUAGAGCUGCCCAGCAGCCAAGAUGCGGACGCCAUCAUCGCGGCUUCCCGGGAACAGUCUAUCUUCCUUCGUCGUGUAAACUCUACCAAGGUCGGUAUUUCUCUGGAUGAGACCAGCGGACGCGAGGAGGUGAAGUCUCUUCUGCAGGUGUUUGCUGCUCAUGCUGCCAAGGGCGAAGUUGCCCUUGAUGGGGAACUCGGUAUCUCCCCUCUUCCAGCCAGCCUGGAGCGUACUUCCGAGUAUUUGACUCACCCGGUAUUCAACUCCCAUCACUCGGAGACGGAAAUGCUCCGGUACAUCCGUCAUCUCGAGUCCAAGGACCUGUCUCUGGCCCAUUCUAUGAUUCCUCUCGGCUCCUGCACGAUGAAGCUCAACGCUACAACCGAGAUGAUCCCAAUCUCUUGGCCCGAAUUUUCCCAGAUGCACCCGUUCAUGCCGGCUGAUGUCGCCAAGGGUUACACUCAAAUGAUUGACGAUCUGGAACAACAACUCGCCGAUAUCACGGGUAUGGCUGAAGUCACCGUCCAACCAAACUCGGGCGCUCAGGGCGAGUUUGCCGGUUUGCGUGUCAUCAAGAAGUAUCUAGAGGCUACCGGCGGCGAGAAGCGCAAUAUCUGCCUGAUUCCCGUGUCUGCUCACGGAACGAACCCGGCAAGUGCGGCCAUGGCUGGUAUGAAGGUUGUUACCAUCAAGUGUGACACCAAGACCGGAAACCUGGACCUUGCCGACCUCAAGGCCAAGUGCGAGAAACACAAGGAUGAGCUGGCCGCUGUCAUGAUCACAUAUCCUAGCACUUUCGGUGUGUACGAGCCUGGUGUCAAGGAGGCCUGCGAAAUCGUUCACCAGCAUGGUGGACAGGUUUACAUGGACGGUGCCAACAUGAACGCCCAAAUUGGCCUCUGCUCUCCCGGCGAGAUCGGAGCAGAUGUGUGCCACCUGAAUCUGCACAAGACCUUCUGUAUCCCCCACGGCGGUGGUGGCCCUGGUGUUGGUCCUAUCGGUGUUGGCGAGCACUUGCGCCCCUUCCUGCCAUCUCAUCCAGCGAGCGAGUACCUCCAGUCUAAGCGCACGGAGACCUCCUCGCCGCCCAUCAGCGCUGCCCCGUGGGGUAGCGCCAGCAUCUUGCCCAUCACUUUCAACUACAUCAACAUGAUGGGUGCCAAGGGCCUGACGCACGCGACGAAGAUCACUCUACUUAAUGCCAACUACAUCCUCGCCCGCCUCAAGGAACACUACCCGAUCCUGUACACCAAUGAAAACGGCCGCUGUGCUCACGAGUUUAUUCUGGACGCCCGUCAAUUCAAGGAUACCUGCGGGGUCGAGGCCAUCGAUAUCGCCAAGCGUCUUCAGGACUACGGAUUCCAUGCCCCGACCAUGUCUUGGCCGGUGUCCAACACUCUCAUGAUCGAGCCUACCGAGUCGGAGAGCAAGGAGGAGCUGGAUCGGUUCUGCGAUGCUCUGAUCUCCAUCCGCCAGGAGAUUGCCGCAGUAGAGAGCGGCGCGCAGCCACGUGAGGGCAACGUGCUGAAGAUGUCUCCUCACACUCAGCGCGAUCUUCUGAGCAGCGAAUGGGACCGCCCGUACACCCGGGAGACCGCCGCGUAUCCCUUGCCGUACUUGGUAGAGAAGAAAUUCUGGCCCUCGGUGACUCGCGUGGAUGAUGCUUACGGUGACCAAAACCUGUUCUGCACUUGCGGCCCUGUAGAGGAUACUGCCUAGAUCUUAUGAUACCCAAUAUUUGAUUGUUUCUUGUUGUCGACUGUGAGAUAUUUAAUUUUCAACACUUUCUUGGUCUGGGUUGGCAUAACGAUGGUGACACGACGCCAAGAUUCAACAUUCAUGAUAGACAUUCGGAGGCGUUCUGGUUGCUGCUGUACAAAAGACAUUAUUUAGCUUAAAAGCGAAUGAGAUUGCCGCCCUGGCAGCGGCUGAAGUUUCAGCUCUUCUUUCCUGAUAGAUAGCGUAAUACGAGGCUGGAUCUGAAGAUUUGGUUUAUGUCGAAGUAGUCAGCACUUGCCCGAUGGGGAAGGUCAUUAAGGCGGGCACGUGAAGACACGGUUUCCUUGCCCUUCCUUUCACUUUUCUUCUUUCUCAGCAAUCUUACC